AGGUGUCUAAAGUUCAAGCACAAAAAUGUCAGACUUUGAAAAAGUUAAAUCUAAACUGGCCACUUACAAGCAAGAACAUCUUUUGAGAUUUUGGGAUCAUUUGGAUUCGGAUCAAAAAGAAAAAUUAUUGAAACAAAUCAACGCUCUUAAUUUAGCUUACAUAAAUGGAUGCAUACAAGAAUGUCUUGAAAGUCUUCAGCGUGAAACUCGUUGCAAUGAUGAUGACAUGCAACCUGUCCCUGACUCUGUGCUGGGCAGAGUCUCUCAAAUUGAACCUGACAUUUUGAAAGAGUAUAGAAAAGAAGGUUUAAAGAAGAUAAGUGAGGGGAAGGUUGGUCUGUUAUUGUUGGCUGGAGGUCAAGGAACGAGGUUAGGUGUUUCCUAUCCUAAGGGAAUGUACAAUGUUGGACUGCCAUCAAACAAAACGUUGUAUCAGCUGAUGGGUGAAAGAUUGUGGAGACUACAAGAGUUAGCAGCUGAGGUUAAUGGAGGGAAACCAGCCAUCAUUCCAUGGUACAUAAUGACAAGUGAAUCAACAAGACAACAGACAGAAGAAUUCUUUGAACAGCAUAAUUUUUUUGGACUGGAUAGACAAAACAUAAUAUAUUUUGAACAAGGUUACAUGCCUUGCGUUGAUUUUGAUGGAAAGAUCUUAAUGGACUCAACUUCAAGUAUUGCCAGGGCACCAGAUGGUAAUGGCGGAUUGUACAGUUCACUCAGAAGAAACAGAAUAAUUGAAGACUUCAGAAGACGAGGUGUUGAAUGCUUACAUGCAUACUGCGUUGACAACAUCCUUGUCAAAGUGGCCGAUCCUACCUUCAUUGGGUUCUGUACCUCAAAGAAUGCCGGCUGUGGCGUCAAGGUAGUUGAGAAGACCGAUUCCACGGAACCGGUCGGUGUGAUAUGCAAGUACAAAAAUAAGUACCACGUUAUGGAGUACAGUGAGAUAUCGACGAAGGCGUCAGAGAUGAGAGUAAGUGACGGGAGUAAUCGCUUGGUGUACAACGCCGGCGGCAUCGCUAACCAUUUCUUCACUGUCGAUUUCCUCGAGAAUGUUAUUAGCCAGGAUGACAAACUGCACCACCAUGUAGCCAAGAAGAAGAUUCCUCAUGUUGAUGAAGCAGGAAAUUUCGUCAGUCCCAAAACACCGAAUGGAAUAAAGAUGGAAAAAUUUAUUUUUGAUGUCUUCCAGUUCACAAACGACUUCGCAGUGUGGGAAGUCAUUAGAUCGGACGAGUUCUCACCACUGAAGAAUGCCGACUCAGCUGGUGUUGACUGUCCAACGACUUGCAGAGAAUCUGUGUUCCAACUGCACAGGAAAUGGAUUGAAGCUGCCGGCGGUAAACUUAUUUCCUGCAAUCAAUCCUCGCUUUCAAACCAGGAAGAUGACAAUGAAGCAAGGAAAUCAGAGCCGCAGAAAGCUGGUAACUUGAUAUGUGAAGUCUCUCCCCUGGCCAGUUAUGAAGGAGAGAAUCUUGAGGACUACGUAAAGGGCAAGGAGCUCACUGCACCUCUUCUCAUAAACCCCAAGACUGAGACCGCAAUGAAACUGCAUAAUUGAUGAUGACCAUGAUGCCAGACAGCAGGCACGCUGAAGUCCUACAUAUUGUUUUGCUCAUAAUUCCAUGACUUAAUUCAUUUGUCUUUUUUGUUUCAAAAUUUAAACUAAAUUUUCAUCAUACUUAUAAUUAAAACUCUUUUCGUUACUCGGUUACAAUUAGUCGAAUAUGCAAUAUACUCCUCCUACUUUCAUCAGACUAGCAAAACAACCUACAUAACACUCCGCUUUCGUAGUUAGUAAUUAAAAGCAGUACACGUUUCAUGUCGCCUACAUAUUGUUAACUGUUACGUGCCAGUUAAUUUGUUUUAUGCCAUGUUAAUAAUUUAAAGUGUUAAUUGCUGACUUGAAGACUUCAGUUAUUAUUCUGACGCAAGACUUAUUUCGUCAUUUAUAAAUAUAAUGUGUGAACACAAA